UGGCGCUUGUUUACAUUGGAAAAGUAUUGAAAUAAAAAUUAUAAUUAAAUAAUAAAAUUCGGUGUAAACGGCGCCUUAAAAACUCAGCGUGUCUUGAAACAAGUUCUGCUCCUUUCCGUUGCUCUCCGCUGCUUUAACGUGUCCUGUGUGAACGCCCCCCAUGUCACCUGAUUUGAUUAUAAUGGGAGCGUUCUGAUGUUGGCGCGUGUACAUGGUGGGGGUGUGAGUGAGUAAAGUUAUAGGCGGAAGCUGAAGUUGCGCUCGACUAGUACAAUCAUCGUUCGCUCGAUGUCAUUCAUGCGUUUGGGUGCGCUCGGACCCCUGCGCGCAAAGACCCCCGCGUACUCUCGACGCGUUUAUGAAGUUGCUCCGGUGUGCAUUCUAAAUCAAAUAUACCGAUGAGCUCUUUUUACGGCGAUAAGGCUGCGCUAGGGCUGACUGAGGAGCUGAGUCAAGUGAACUGUCAGGAUGAGCUUGAGUUUGACUACCUAUUUGAGUAUGGAUUCCCCACGGGACCUCAAGAUGAGCCAAGUAUCUCCACGCACAAAGACCUCAGCUCUCCUCCCAGCCUCUCCUAUCCUCUGGAGGAUACUCAACCUUACGGCAUCAAGCCUUGUACGUCCUCCUACACAGACGUCAGCACUGAAGGCCUUACGGGGUAUGAGCAACUGGAAGCAAAGAACUACCUGGAACACACCAGGCCCAGCAGCCAAGCCCUGAGCCCCAGAAUCGAGAUCACCCCUUCCCGUGAGCACUAUAAUCAUGGUCGAGACUCCCUCCAGAACCAUCUCGUAAACAACAGUCCCAGUCCUGGGCUCACUGUGCCUGGUCACGACCCUUUGGCCUACCGUGAGCCACAGUGCCUGAGUCCCGCCAGCAGUAACUCCUCCACAUCUUGGCACUCAGAAAACCUCUCGCCCUGGGCGUCGCCUUGUGUAUCGCCAAGCAAUAGCCAGGCAGCUGGGGAACUCUGCCCCAGACUCCAGGGGGUCCACACGGGUUCACCCCGUAACAGUCCGGGCACCUCCCCGCAUACCAGCCUGGCUGAAGACGGCUGCGUUGGCCCACGCUCUCCUUCCCCGAGGCCCGGUUCACGCUCCACCUCUCCUCUAUGCAAACGUACCUACGACAUGUACAGGAACCCCAACCUGGUGCCAGGGCCUCGUUCACGCAGCCCAUCGCCCCACAGUGGCCACGAAGAGCAUCAUGAUGGCCAUUACGGCUCGAACAACAUGCCUGCGGUCCAGAAUGGGUUUGGUGUCGGGCAAGCUAGUUCCAUUCCCACCAAGAUUGUGAAGCCCAAUCAGCAGGUGUACCCCAUCUACGCUGAGAACCACACUGAGAGCUAUUUUGUGUCCUGCGACCAGGAUAUAAAAGCCAAAUCUGCCCCUGAACCUUUCUUCGUAAUUCCCCCAAUCUGGCCUAAACAGUUGGUGCCUGGUAUAUGCAGCAUCCCGGUGACUUCCCUGCCCCUUCUGGAAUGGCCCUUACCAAGUCGCACUGAUCAAUAUGAGCUGCAUAUUGAGGCUCAGCCCAAACCUCACCACAGAGCUCACUAUGAGACAGAGGGCAGUCGAGGGGCGGUCAAAGCCCCAACCGGAGGCCACCCGGUGGUUCAGUUACGUGGAUACAGGGGCAAGGAGCCACUACCUCUGCAGAUAUUCAUUGGUACAGCAGACGAGCGAAUCCUGAAGCCUCACGCAUUCUACCAGGUCCAUCGCAUCACUGGCAAAACUGUCACCACCACCAGCUAUGAGAAGAUCAUUAACGGCACCAAAGUCCUGGAAAUUCCUCUGGAGCCAAAGAAUAACAUGAAAGCCAUAAUUGAUUGCGCUGGGAUUCUCAAGCUCCGGAAUGCUGACAUCGAGCUUCGGAAAGGAGAGACGGAUAUUGGUCGGAAAAACACUCGUGUUCGACUGGUAUUUCGCGUUCACAUCCCCCAGCAAGGAGGCCAACCUUUUUCUCUCCAAGUUGCUUCGCAUCCCAUUGAGUGUUCUCAGAGAUCAGCCCACGAGCUGCCCAUGGUGGAGAAACAGGACAUGAACUCUUGUUCAGUUCUUGGAGGUCAGCAGAUGAUACUCACCGGCCAGAACUUCAGCGCUGAUUCAAAAGUGAUCUUCACAGAGAAGACUCAUGAUGGCCAACAAAUUUGGGAAUUGGAAGCCACUGUUGACAAAGACAAAAGUCAAGCAAGCAUGCUGUUCAUUGAGGUACCUCCAUACAGAGACCCAUCCAUUUGCCAUCCUGCUAAAGUCAACUUCUAUGUAGUCAAUGGAAAACGGAAGCGUAGUCAACCUCAACAUUUCACCUACAUACCUCUACCAGUUCCAUCUAUAAAGACAGAGCCAGUGGAUGACUAUGAACCCAGUCAGAUGGGUUAUUCCAUGUCGCAGAUUCUCGGGGUGUCUUCUCAGGCAUACUAUAACCCUCGUGGUGUCAUCAACCCUGACAGUGGCCUGAUGCCUGGCCUCAUACCCUGCCAGGAGCCCCGCCUGGGCAUCUCCCCUCCAGACCACCGAUUUCAGCAGCAAAGCCCGACAAUAAUCUACUCCCGUCCGGGAAAGAGCUUGGCAAGCAGCCCCUCUAUUUACUCUCAGACAGGAGCCUCUAUGAUGCCAGAUUCUCAUCGGUCAGUUCUGGUGCACACAGGUUCUCCAGCCCAGUCUUCUCACCUGGGUGGCCAGCAUCCCUCAAUCAUCCAGUUCUCUCCAACCAACCAUCAUCUACUUAGAGGUGGAGACCCACCUGCCCCAACACCUCCAGAUCAUCAGCACAUCAUUUACUGUGAGGGCUAUAACCAGCAUGGGGCUCAAACCACAGGGGCAAACCGCUCUCCAGCACCAGCCCAGGCACCCCAGCAUCCUCAAAAUUACCCCACGGUCAUCCAACAGCAGCCCUUUGUCCAGAGAGUGGCCAAAGUCCAGUCACCUCCAGUGCAGGUAGAGCCUCAAAGAUGUUCCUCCGCAGAAGAACAGAGAGCCAGCGCUCCUGGACGAGUCACGGUCAAGCAGGAGAACUUGGACCAGGCGUAUCUUGAUGAUGUGAACGAGAUCAUAAGGAAGGAUCUGACAGGAGUGCAUGGCAGGGGUCAAACAUAGAGGAAAUGUCAAAUCAGGAGGCUUUCAGGACCUCUGGAGUGUCUGCUGUGCCUCGGUGUAUUGCAGAAAGCACCACACACAAAAUCAGCAAUGCUUCUGACUCGGUCAAAUAUCAAUGCUUAUCUCAGUGCCCUCUGGAUUCCUGAUGCAAACUGGAGCACAGACCACAUUUAACCAAACAUCCAUCACAGUCAGUUUGUUGAUGUGUAAAUGGUAUUGAAUUUCCAAACUAUUAUGACUUUUGAAACCUUUCCAAUGUUGAUCUCAUACGUCAGAGUUGUCAGAGACUUGAUCCUUCAUCAACAGUUUGGAUUGGACAGGUGGAGUAAAGUCAGUUAUUUCUUUCUUGUAGUCUUUUAUUCCAUUGCCUUUAGACUCACAUAAAUGACCUAAGAUUAGUGUAUUUGGAGCAAUAACCUCAUCAUCUAUGAGGCUAAAUCUAAACCUAAACCAUUGCUGUCUGUCAUAUUCUCCAAAACAAGCAGUUUGCAUAUACUUCCAAAGGGACAGUGGAUACUUAGACUGCACCACUGCUAAUGUUUGAUGUCAUUGCCUAAGAAUAGGUUCAUCUGUCGUUGUUUUUGUAGUCAAAAUUAUAUUUUAAAAUAAAAGCCUUAUAAUUAAUAUUAAAUAGAUAAAAGCACUGUUCUUGAAAGGAUUUCUUAAAAACAGAGUAUGCACUUCUUUUUAGUAAACUAUUUGCCUUGUGUAAAGUUGUGCAUCAAGAUUUUGUUUAUUUAUUUUGUUUUAAUUUUUUUGUGUGCAAUCUUAUCAUGUAGAUGGUGAGCAAUUACAGCCAAGAAAAGCCAAAGAAGUGACAUAAUCUUUUUUUUUAUGUAAAUAGAAACAUUUGAACAUGUGUCAUCAUAUGUGCCUUUGCUUUCAAAAUUCAGUAAUACUACCAAAACUGAACACAGAACCAGCAUGCCAAUAAUGAACUGAAAUACAUAAAUAUUGUGUUAAGCUUCACUAUAUUUAGAUUCUAUACUCUUUGCCUUACCAAUUUCAAGUUAAAUCUAUUUUCCAUAUGCACUCAAAUAAUAAUAACAAUAAUAAUUGUAAGAUUUGCACAUUCAAAUUUCAUAACAAAAGCCCAUCGAAUUGAACAUAUUAAUCUGAUUAGAAUUGUAAAAAUUAACAUUUUAAGUUGUAUUAAUUUAAUUUAAAAUGUACAUAAAUUACAAAAUUAUUUAUGUUGUGAAAUUAAAAUGUGUAAAUCUUACAAACAGACAAAAAUAUUUGUUGAGUGUGUGUACAAGGGCAAUAAACAAGAGUUAUUUUGGUUUUUAUUAUGUCCCAUAAAAUGUUUUUUAGAUCAGGUGCAUAACAUAACAGUCCUAUAUCAUCUUGUGCUAAUUGUUUUUUUUAACCAUAACAGCUUUGCUUUUAUGAUAUGCAUAAAUUGUAUGAGUGUGUGUGUGUGUGUGUGUGUGUAUAUAUAUUUUAUACAACAGACAAAAUAUAUAAGUUGGCUGUGUAUUUAUGAGUAGAUACACUCUGUAUGCCUUUACAGCUACAUACAAUGUGUUUUGUUAGUUUUUGCAUAUUGAAUGCACAUUGACAAAAAAAAAAGAAAAUGAAUUUAUGAAAGUAAACAAAUUUGAUAAUCUAAAAAGCAUCACCUUUAAAAUAAACUCUGUGUAGAAUGCAAUUGUUCCUGCCCACAUUUUAAAAAAUGCAUACGUAAUUACGCAGAGUAUAUUUUUAUAUGUCUUAUCAAUUUUGGCUGAAUAAUUAAGAGUGGCGCAAAUUAAUAAUUAAUCAUUUGUAAGUAUUAUCUCAAAUACACAUUGUAGAAAGAGUGAUGCUUUUGUUUCCAUGCAGCUAUUCUUUUAGAGAACAGUGGGCAUAAAAAAAAUAACAGUGAGAUUCACAAUGUAAACCUUUAUCUUUGCUGUAAAUAGAGUGCCUUAAAAGUGUAUAGAAUGUUUCUAUUUUGUUCUAUAGAAUCUUAUAAUAGUUGUAAUUGUUAGAGAAUAUUUAUAUGAACUGAAUCAGUUGUUCUCUUGCCAUUUAAUAUCAUCAAUUAUUAUAUUAUAAGCAAGCCUCUGGGAAUAUAUGAACUACCAAAGCAUUUGCUGCCUGUAGACAUUUUGCAUUGUUUAAUAUUAAUAUAAGUUUGUCAAUUCCAAAAGAGAGACCAAUUAUAUUUUUAUUUCUUAGCAUGUUUUUGUUUUGAGCAUGUCUACCCUAACAUGUCUAGACAUGUCCAUGUUGUUUUUCAAAUAAAGUGGGCCUAAUAGCUGAGGACUUGAGCAAUAAAACUGAAAGCUUUAAAGAGAUUAUUUCUGUUUUUGAGACUAUUUUUAUGAUACGCUGUAUUCUCUCACUGUUAGCUGCUCCCUCAUAUUCAAGACUUUCUCAAUGUAGAUUUUAUUUUUCAUAUACAAAUAUAAAGACAAUAAAUAGAAUAAGUCAACCUAUUACAAAGAUGGAUGAUGUUCAAUUAUAACAUAUAUAUAAAUUAUAACUUGCUUUAGGCUGC